AUGGCUUCAGAAUCCCAUGAUGAUCAGCUGCACUUUGUUUUGAUACCAUUGAUGUCUCCAGGCCACCUUAUACCAAUGGCAGACAAUGCCAAGCUAUUAGCACAGCGUGGUGUGGUUGUUACAAUUGUAACCACACCCCUCAAUGCCAUCAGAAUCAAACCGAUCAUCGAUCGUUCCAUCGAUUCUGGUCUCCCUAUCCAACUUGUCCAGUUCAGUUUGCCACUCCAAGAGUUUGGCUUGCCAGAGGGAUGUGAAAACAUGGAUUCAGUUCCCUCGAGAAAAUUGUUUUGGAAUUUCUUUGCUGCAGUUGAAAAGCUGCAAGAACCAGUUGAGAAAUUUCUUGAAACUACGAAACCCAAUCCCAGCUGCAUAAUAGCUGAUAAAUAUAUGGCAUGGACGGCUAACAUUGCUCAAAAGUUUCGGAUGCCAAGGCUUUUGUUUGAUGGGACUAGUUGCUUCACUCUCUUGUGUUCUCAUAACAUACAAGAACACAGGGUCCUAGAGAGUGUCUCAGGAUCAGAGCCUUUUUUGGUGCCUGGUUUGCCUGAUGAGAUUGAACUUACUAAAUUCCAACUUCCGGGGGAUAUGAAUCCGGGUUCAGAAGAUUUCACGAGUCUUCACGACAAAGUAAAAGAAUCUGAAGAAGGGGCAUAUGGGAUUGUUGUCAAUAGCUUUGAGGAGCUGGAAUUCGAAUACGUCAAAGAGUACAAAAAGGUCAAUCAGGGUAGAGUUUGGAGCAUUGGCCCAGUUUCACUAUCCAACAAGACCGAUUUGGACAAGGCUCAGAGAGGCAACAUGGCCUCAAUUGAUGAAAACAAGUGCUUGAACUGGCUUGGUUCAUGGCCUCAGAGCUCAGUGGUUUAUGUAUGUCUUGGGAGCCUUGGCCAAGUUACAACCCUUCAAUUGGUAGAGCUUGGUUUGGGGUUAGAAGCAUCGAACCGGCCUUUCGUGUGGGUGAUCAGCAGAAACAAAAUAGAUGAAUGGGAAAAAUGGCUAUUGGAAGAUGGAUUUGAGGAGAGGAUAAAAGGGAGAGGUUUGUUGAUCCAUGGUUGGGCUCCACAGGUGCUUAUAUUGUCACACCCUGCAGUUGGAGGAUUUCUAACACAUUGUGGUUGGAACUCAACAUUGGAAGGCAUUUGUGCUGGAAUUCCAAUGAUCACAUGGCCCUUUUUCGCUGAGCAGUUCUACAAUGAGAAGUUUAUAGUGCAAGUCUUGAAGAUUGGUGAGAGUGUGGGGGCUAAAGUUGCAAUUCCCUUGGGGGAACAAGAGAUAUCUAAGGUGUUGGUGAAGAGGGUUGAGUUUAAGGAGGCUAUAGACAAAGUUAUGAUCAAGGAAGGGAAAGAAGGAGAAGAUAGAAGGAAGAGAGCAAGAGAACUUGCAGUUUUGGCCAAGAAGGCCACAGAAGAAGGAGGAUCUUCUUACCUCAACAUGACAUUGUUGAUUGAAGAUAUAAGAUCAUGCAAAGCAAACAACUAG